CAAGCAAAACGUAACUCAGAAGAAUACAACUUCUAUCCAAAGACGUGGCUCCUUCCACAAGAACACAAUGUAUUUCAAAGUUACGCCAGGAGAAACCCACAUCCUGCCUACAUCCUCAAACCAGCUAACGGAGCAAUGGGCGUGGGAAUCCGGCUCUACCGCAAUCCCGAGAAUGUGCCAUCCACAGGCACGCAGAACGGUCCGUGCGUGGUGCAGGAGUACAUCGGAAACCCCCUGCUAAUCGAGGGCUACAAAUGCGACCUGCGCGUCUACGUGCUCGUCACGUCGUGCUGCCCGCUGCGCAUUUUCGUCUACAACGAGGGCCUCGUUCGUUUGAGUGCCGAGAAGUACUUGGACCCCAUGGAACCCAACGGGGAGUCUGUCUAUCGGCAUUUGACAAACUACGCGCUGAACCGCAAGCACAGCGCCUACGUAAAGACCAGCGAUGAAGGCGAAGGCAGCAAACGGUCCUUCGCCUUUCUGGAUAGCUACCUGCAGGACCACUUGAACCUCCGAGACACACGCUUCGUGUGGCGGCGCAUCCGCAAUCUCGUCGUCAAGACGGUGAUCCUGGGCGCGCCGCACAUCUACCACGGCUACCGUCUGUUCCACCACUCGGGCAUGCGAGGGGAGUCGGGGCCGGGACGAGCACCAACCUAUCGAUCGCCGCCUGUGCGCUUUGCAGGCGAGACGUCAUCCUACAGUCAGGAUUCCGCAUCGCCGAGCAGCAUCUACGACAACCAGGACAGCCAGGCCAGCCAUUCGGGAGGCAUCCAGUCGGCGGCCUUCGAGAUCCUCGGAUUCGACAUCCUCCUGGAUGUGGAGCUGAAACCGUGGCUGCUCGAGGUCAACCGAUCGCCAUCGUUCGGUGUUGAUCAGGACCUCGACUUGCGUGUCAAGUCGGGCCUUCUGAGGGACACCCUGAGCCUCCUGAACAUCCGACUUUCGGACAAGCGUCGUUCCGAGGCGUCACAGAAGGCGCGUUCAGUCCGCCGUCUUCUCACGCCCGCGGCAAAACCAAUCAGGAUGUCACACGGAGGCAUUAGCUCGCUCCCCUCGAACGGGACACCUAAAUCCAACUACCUGGCCUCUGAUUGGCUCAAAAACCCGAAGGAGUUGCUUCGCAGAAUUGCCGAAUUAAAAAGUCAACUAAGGGACAUCCGUCGCGAGGCCGAAUUGGAGUGCUUCGAAAACGCCAACUGUGGCGACUGGCGUCGUGUCUACCCAACCAUGGACCAGACCCUUGAGCAGCGGUACGCCACACUGCUGGUGAAUGCCUUCACGGAAUUCAACAAGGGACGACCCGGCGACGUGAGCCAGGUUAUUCAGGUGACGCAGUCCGGCAGCCAGCAGGAGGAAGUGCUUAAACAACAGUUGUACUUUCUCGAAAAGGAAGCCGCCAAACUAUUCAAAGUGACUGUGAGUCUUUUUCCAACAAUUGGCUAA